AUGGCUGACCGAAGACGCAUCAAUGGACCUCCUGGUGGCACCAGGCCGGCCAUAUAUGCCACCUCACUGCCCUCGAUCAAGGACGCAGACCGUGCGCGCCGUCAGCGCCAACCUUCCGAGCUCAGGAAAAUCUUCCUCAAGACGGGCCUAAUCCCAUCGGCCUCGGGCUCCUCAUACCUUGAAUUCGAGCCAUCGGCCUCUUUGGCCGCCGCGCGCGCCAACCCCAAAUCUCUGAUCCCGCCUUCCUCGGCCCUGAAGCUGGCCUGCACCGUCCAUGGACCAAAACCGCUCCCUCGCUCUGUUGCAUUUUCACCAAACAUUGUCCUGACCACGCAUGUCAAGUAUGCGCCGUUCGCGGCCCGCAAACGCAAGGGCCAUAUCCGCGACGCCAGCGAGCGCGAUCUCGGCGUGCACCUGGAAACAGCCCUUCGGGGCGCAAUUAUUGCAGAGCGCUGGCCCAAGAGUGGACUGGAUAUCACCAUCACCAUUAUUGAGGCGGAGGAUGAUCGCUGGUGGGGCGAUGCGCCAGACUCACACGAUGCCUCGUGGGGCAUGAUGAAUGUGCUGGCGGGAUGUAUCAACGCUGCUUCGGCGGCCAUUGCAGAUGCCCAUAUCGACUGUCUGGAUCUUGUGGCUGGUGGUGUUGCUGCUUUGGUCACUGACCAUGAUGGUGGUGCUCCACAACUCAUGAUGGAUACUGACCCGGCUGAGCACCGGUCAAUCGUCUCAGCUUGUGUGGUGGGUUAUAUGCCCGCGCGAGAUGAAAUCACUGCGCUGUGGCUCAAAGGGGGCACUUCAAAGGUAGCAUUGGAUGAACAGGAUGGACGGUCGGGACAUGAAGCACUAGUAGAUGGUGCUGUGGAUGCUGCUCGGGGAGCUCAUAUGGUUCUUGGGGAGGCAGUGAAGGAAUCGCUGGAAAGGGCCAUUGGGCAAACUGUUUGA